UAACGCUGAGCCAGGUUCAGGGAAGAUUCGGGUAGGUGAGCAGGGCUGGGGCUGUGGUCCUGGGCCACUAUGAGCUGCACCAUCGAGAAGAUCCUGACAGACGCCAAGACGUUGCUGGAACGGCUGCGGGAGCACGACGCGGCCGCAGAGUCGCUAGUGGAUCAGUCCGCCGCGCUGCACCGGCGAGUGGCCGCUAUGCGGGAGGCGGGGACGGCGCUACCGGACCAGUAUCAAGAAGAUGCAUCCGAUAUAAAGGACAUGUCCAAAUUCAAACCUCACAUUCUGCUGUCCCAAGAGAAUACACAGAUUAGAGACUUGCAGCAGGAAAACAGAGAGCUAUGGGUUUCCUUGGAGGAACACCAGGAUGCUUUGGAACUCAUCAUGAGCAAGUACCGGAAGCAGAUGUUACAAUUAAUGGUUGCUAAAAAGGCCGUGGAUGCUGAACCAGUCCUGAAAGCUCACCAGUCUCACUCUGCAGAAAUUGAGAGUCAGAUUGACAGAAUAUGUGAAAUGGGAGAAGUGAUGAGGAAAGCAGUUCAGGUGGAUGAUGACCAAUUUUGUAAAAUUCAGGAAAAACUAGCCCAAUUAGAGCUUGAAAAUAAGGAACUUCGAGAAUUACUGUCCAUCAGCAGUGAGUCUCUUCAGGUCAGGAAGGAAAACUCAAUGGACACUGCUUCCCACGCCAUCAAAUAACUCAGCUUCUGAAUGACAGCUGGAGAUUGUUUAUCAAGGAAGGAAGUUAUUAUCUUUCAAGUAUUGUCCAUUUAGUGUCUUGCCCCAGACUUGAUUUAGUGUUGAUUAAAGGUAUCAGGUGGCAGUUUAGAAUUCGCAGUCAAAUUGGCUGUCCACAAAACGGUUUUUGGGUAUGUUCGUGAAAAUACACACUGAGUUUCACCAUUCCUUUCUCUAAGAGACUACUUUUAAUUUUCAGUUCUGGGACCUCAGUUUAUAUAAACUGUUAUCGGUUCCUUUUUGUUUCUUCACAUCUCUCAAACUUAGAUCCUUUUAUUAUAAGCUAGCAAUUUUAUUUUAUAUAGGAUUAUAAAUUACAAUUCUAAAAAAUUUUUAAGAG